AUGGUUGCCAUACAUUGUGUGGUUAAAAGUUGUGUGAGAUCCAAGGAAUCAAAACAUUCCUUUCCAAAUCCUUCAAAGAAUUUAGACUUGUUAAAUAAAUGGGUCAUGUUAUGUGCCAACAAACGACUUCGUGUGAUGACACCCCAAAAAAUUUACACCAACUGCAGAGUUUGCUCAAAGCAUUUUAAUCCGAAAGACUUUUCACGCAAUAAAAGACUUGGCCGUAAGGCUUACCCAACAUUAUUAUUACCAGAUGAUGAUGUUUCAGAUGAUGAUGUUUCAGAUGAUGAAUUAAAGACAAAUAAAAAUUUAAAAAAUCCUAAAACUUAUUCGAAGGCUACAAUAGGAGAAAUCAUUGGCUUGACUCUAUUGGCAGAAGCGAAUUAA